UUUUUUUGUGUUCAUAUUUUUGGAUACUGGAAAUAAAAAGAACAUUUGACAGUAGAGGUCAUUUCAUUUAAAAAAAAAUAAAAAAUUCAACUGACAGACUGUGAAAAAUAUCAGUUUAAUGGAAGAGCUCUCUCUCUCUCCUGUCUUUUGUAUAUAAGGGACAUGAUGUAAUUUCUAACUUUAGGAAAAAACAAAACCAAUGCAAGGUUCAAAUGAUUUUUGUUACUCUUAUUUUGUGUGUUAAUGUUGGAGGUUAACAUUUAAUACCUGAUCUUUUAUUCAAACACAUGUUAUAACAUCAUUUGCAGAUUUAGCGUUGCAAUAGCAAAACAAAAGGGACAUUGAAGACAAGCUACUUCCCAUGAAAGAAAUAAACAUCUCUUGAGUGUCAAAUGAACUAGGUGAUAGAUGAUAGAAUCGGGAGUAAAGCUAGAUGUGAAAUAAGGAACAAUGAAAACAAGGGUUUAACUUUGUAUAUAUCUGAUUCUGGACAAUGACACCAUCGCUUCCUACUUAAACCUGUCCUAGCCCCAGCAGAGCUCAGCCAAUCACAGCAGGCUUCAUGCAUUAUUAAUGAAGCGUGGGAUGUCGUAUCCGUUAAUGGACAGGGCCGCUAAGCAAUGGUGUUGCAGCAGGAAGUGGCAGGGUGGAGGGGGAGAGAGAAAGAAACAGAAAGAGAGAAACGGAGAAGGACGAGAGAGAGGCAGGAGACGGAUCAAAACGCGUGGGCAGACACUUCCAUCAUCCUUCGGCUCGGAUUCACAGAUCAUGAUGACUGUGUCCGGUAGCAGUGCUGCUUCAGUGCAGCAGGUGUUCCCCUUCCAUGAUGGCUGGAAUGUUGCCUGCUUUGUAAUCCUCCUCCUCUUCAUCUUGACCGUGCUCUCCCUCGCUACUCUGGCUUUCCUCUACGAGCUGCUCGACUGCGGCUGCUUCAACAAGACCAAGACCGCGCAAACCCGACGCAGCACCGGUGAUGAAAUUGUAUAGCCGUAGCACGGCAACGGCAGCCAUGGAAACCAGGCCUGCACUAUGGAACCAAGCAAUGCGGGAAUGUAGAACUACGAGUGAGUGACUCUGGCCACACCUCGGAAGGACGGGGCGUCAGAAAACACAAUGACAAAGACUAAAGAAAUGAGUGUGUUUCAACGCACAAUUCUGUAACACACACACACACACACACACACACAAUGAAUAAACACUGACAAUAUGGUUUUCCCCAUGUAAAUAACAGCAGUACUAUCAAAACAGGAAGCAGUAACUAAGCAUGCUUUAGUGACAUUUUACUGUUAGCCAUCGUAGCCAUUAACGUCAAGGCCAAAAUAAUAAAAAUACACUAAAAAGUAUCUACAUAUUAGCCUUGUAACCAUUGACGUACACAUUUCAGACGUUAACAGAUCAUGUCAUUUUAUAUAGAGUGAUGUAAAUGAACAAAAAGCACAAAACAGUCACUGUUGUGGGCGUGUUGACUAAUCGGAGCAGGCGAAACAGCAAGAUGAUAAAGAAGGCGGCUAAAUGUUCUUUAUUAGUCUGAAAAGAUUUCAAACUAGGUGAAGCCGAGUUCACCGUCAGCUGCUCAUUGGGUAAAAUUGCUGGGAAAAGUCUCUUUAUUUUCUUUUGCUUUAACAUAAUCACUUUUAUAUCAUAUUAACAUAUUAAGUGUUAAGCGUUAAGUAUAGAGUUGUGCACAUGACUGUUUUUUUUUUUUUUCAAAAUCACACUACGGCCUGCGGUUAUUCUUGUCGUCUUUUAAAGCUAAUAUAUAUUAGAUUUAUAUGAAGUCCUUGCACUGCGGCAUAGUGAAUUCCGUCGGUUCUUCACGCCAACACCACUUGGGUGACUUCUGACGGUGGACGGUGUAGACCCUGCAUCCUCCAACCAAGCAAGGCCACUCGCUGAGCUAUAAUGACGGCUCUGCUGACGGACACGAGCUUCCAUGCUGCGCGCUCUCAAUUCCAUAAUCGAUUACAACUGAGCCUCGACUGAGCCCACGAGCACAUUUGAACAAUUGCUACGUCCUUAAAUAGAGUAAUAUGUAAUAAGUCGUUAUUAUUUUGCACAUUUAUUUAUUGUAAAGAUUUAUUUAUUUGCAUCUUUUACAGUGUAGCCUAAAAACCACUGAAGCUGGAAAUGUAAUUUGUGUGGGUUUGUGUGUGUGUGUGUGUGUAUAUGGCUGUUAAUUGAACUGCGGUAUGAUGCAUUCAUUGCUGUUGUUUAUCAUCACUUAACUGCACUAAUAAAACAGCUUAAAAAGUGA